CAAUACCAUCAGCUACGUCGAUCGUUUCAUCCCCUCAUCCUCAUUGGCUGGAAGCGUCUAGAGGAAGGCCCACCUCAAGAUCCUAGUGUAACAUUUCCUUCAACCGUAUUUCAAUCUACUACGCAACUGAACCAUACGGACAAAGAAGGUGCUUUGAAAGAGGGGUGAAGAUGGAUGUUUUCAUGAAGGGGCUUUCUAAAGCUAAAGAAGGUAUGGCAGUGGCCGCCGAGAAAACUAAGGAAGGCGUUGCGGUCGCCGCGGAGAAGACCAAGGAAGGCGUGAUGUUCGUGGGCAACAAGACCAAAGACAGUGUUGCAACAGUGGCUGAGAAGACAAAAGAACAAGCCUCACACCUGGGAGGAGCUGUGAUGUCUGGGGCGGGAAAUAUCGCUGCUGCCACGGGCCUGGUGAAAAAAGACGAGUUCCCCACUGACAUGAACCCUGAGUUUGGUCAAGAAGCCACAGAGGAACCAAUGGGCGGAGGUCUCAUGGACUCUGAGGGACAGACAUAUGAUGAAACUCAGCAGGACAACCAAGAUUACGAGCCAGAGGCAUAAGCAUCACAUUCCAAGUCUGAGUCCAGCCAGCAGCACAAAAAGUUUAUAUCAAUAACAAGUACAAAUCCUAAAUACAUCACAAUAAACCCUGUUGCAAAAAAGACAAAAAAACAUAAAUAUAUAUUCCAGUUAAUCCUGCCGAGAAAUGUUCUUCCUAUCAGAUAUAUAUACUUUUAUUAUGAUCUAUUGUAAAUGUCAUGUUUUGACAGUAACGUGUUGGAUGUAGCUCUAUGCUGACUGCCGGGGGGCGCUCUUAUCUCGUUUCCUUGAUUCCCUCCCAAUGAAACGAGACCCGCUCCCCCCAUUGUGACUAUUUGUACUUGUGUACCUGCAUUUCUAUAUGUGUAAUAGAUGUUUCAGAUCUUCCAAUAGGAUAUUGGGGAUUAAAUAUCUUCGGGUAAAUAUGAUAUUAUAUAUAGACGUGUGCAAUGCCUGUUUGUGAGAUUUUCUUUUUUAUUUAUUUAUUUAUUAUGACGGCAAGUCGUUUAUUUAAUGUUUUUGAAGUAAGAGUUUUAUACAUCGUAGCUUUAUAGUUGCUUGUGAUAUCAUUCCAGUGGAUUAUUUGUUAGAAUUGGGCAAUUUGUAUUCGUUUGUGCGUAUGUAUGCGUCCGUGUACUGAAGAUUUUAAAGGUAGUGUAUAUGUGUCUUGAAAUGUUUAUGGAUGUCAGGUCAACAUGUGCUUUACGAUGCUGGAAAAGUCAAUAUUGUCAUUCAAGACAAGUGAAUCCUCUGUAAAUAAAAAACAAAACACAA